UAGCAACACUGACAGCGCUAUACAUGAUUUACUUUGCCCGUUCAGUGAGAUUUGUAAAUAUAAGUUUAAAGAAUUUUUUCCAUGUCGAGUACUGUCGAGACGUCCCAGACUUGUAAUGAUGGGAAGUGGAAACUUUGGUGUCGCCUCUGCGCUAAAGAGGAUAUUCGAAAUAUUAAUGUAUUCUCAGAAGAUAAUCACACACCAGCGCCCCCAAUAUCCACAUGUAGCCACAGUAAACUUCUUGGCUUCAUAGAGAAGUUCUUUAGAGUUCGUAUUGCACAGAACGAAGAUUUGCCCCAUUGUCUUUGUACAUAUUGUAUUUCACUGGUUUCAACAUUGAUUAAAUUUUCUGAGCGCGUAAAAACUGCGCAAGAUAUGUACGACGCUAUUCAACAUUCUAAAUACCGAAAAACAUUGGAUUUGAAAGUGUUUCGAGAAAAGUUUAACUUACCUGAGGGCGAUUUAUUCAUAUUUAAUCUCGUGGAAGCAAAAUCAACCGUUGAAAAUAUAUUAGUCGAACCAGAUAUAUUGCUGCAAAAAUCAUUAGAUGAUAUUGUGAAAAAUGAAAUAAUAUCGGAUGAAGUACAAAAUGGAGUACAUUGCAAUGAGUUUGAAUGCAAAACUGAAUUUCAAGAUCCUCUUAGUGAUGUACUUGAAAACUUUGGUAGCGAAGUAGAAAGCAACCUUAAAGAGGACAUUAAUAUUAAAGUAGAUGAAGACGAGACAAUUGAUAAUUUUAAUGAACGAAAUAGUACAAGAAAGCUUAAAAGAAAAUUUAGAACAAGGUUACGUAGUUCUGUGGAAGAAUCAACAGAGCACAAGCACUUCUGUACCGACUGUUCAAUGCAGUUCCAACGUAUUUGCAACUAUCGCAUUCAUUUGAAGAAAAAACAUGGAAGGGAUUUGGAACCCUUGAAAUGCCCUAAAUGCCCUAGAUCCUUCGUUAGUAGAUUUAAUUUAGAUCGUCACAUAAAGACACACCUGCCUGUAUCGGAGAAGCGUAUAUUUCCAUGCCCACAAUGUGAUCGAAAAUUCCAAACAAAAAAUUAUGUAGCCACACAUAUAAAGUUUGUGCACGAAGAUAUUCGUCCGUUUAUCUGUGAAGAAUGCGGUGAAGGUUCUCGCACUGAAGGUGCAUUACGCGAGCAUAUGCUCACACACACUGACCUUGCGCCUUUUGAAUGUGAAGUAUGUAAGAAAGCUUUUAAAAAUGAGUCCCGCCUAAAGAAUCAUAUGGAGAUUCAUAGUGCCAGUAAACACAUCUGUAACGAAUGUGGCUUACAACUAAACUCACGUGUAACUUUAAAUCGUCACAUGCUUGUACAUUCUGAUAUAAUGCGUCACAAAUGUGAUUAUUGUGGGCGUGCUUUCAAACGUGCUAAGACCUUGAAAACUCAUUUAAUACUCCACAGCGGUCUAAAGCCAUAUUCUUGUGAAUUCUGUGAAAAGACGUUUACUAAUGGAUCAAAUUGCCGUACUCACAUGAAAAGGGCGCAUACUAAUGAAUUUGCUGCCUUAGAGGCGUCUGGUGAAAAAACUUACACGACAAACAUACCAAAAUUGGCAGUAUUGAAAAGAAUGAAAGUGAAACAUAGUAUCUAAAUAUUACUUAAAUAAAUGAAAUUGUACUCCAGAA